AUGUCUCUGCCCAAAAGCACCGACGCUUGGGUCAUUCACAGUGCGAAUGCGGAGAAUGGCUGGGGUAAUCUAAAACUGGAGAAAGACAUCCCAAUUCCGGAGCUCGGAGAAAAUGGUUGCCUUGUCCAGAUCCAUGCCGUCUCUUUGAAUUACAGAGAUCUAAUCAUAUCUCAGGGCAGAUACCCAUUGACUCUGAAUCUCCCCGUAGUUGCUUGCUCCGAUGGCGCCGGCACAGUCCUGGCCGUGGGCUCAAAAGUCUCUCAAUUCUCCACGGGCGACAUGGUUGUGACCCUCUUCAGUCAGCUACACCAGCACGGGCCUCCCACACCAGCGGCAAUGACGUCCUCGCUAGGUGGAGGCGUCGACGGUACAUUACGAAAAUAUGCGGUCUUCCCUGAGUCUGGACUUGUUCUUGCGCCUGCCAAUCUCAAUGCCGUUGAAGCAGGCACAUUGAGUUGUGCUCCUUUGACUUCCUGGAACGCUCUUUAUGGAUUGGAAUCCAAAGCUUUGAAGCCUGGUGAUACAGUCCUCACCCAAGGUAGCGGUGGUGUUUCCUUGUCUGCCAUCCAAUUUGCCAAAGCUGGUGGUGCGACUGUCAUCGCAACCACAUCAUCCGACGCGAAGGCCGAGCGUCUGAAGCAACUCGGCGCCGACUACGUGAUCAACUACAAGAAGGACCCCAAUUGGGGCGAGACGGCAAAGAAUCUCUCACCGGGUAAACUUGGCGUGGAUCAUGUCAUUGAGGUUGGUGGACCAGGCACGAUGCAGCAAUCCUUAAAUGCUUUGAAACUCGAAGGGGUGAUCUCUGUCAUCGGCUUCCUGGAAGGUUUCAAAGCCGAGAAUGAGCCCGGCAUGCUCGCCGCACUGGGUACGGGUGCGAUCGUUCGAGGCAUUCUGAUUGGUUCGAAGACGCAACUGAAUGACAUGAACCGUGCUAUUGCUGCAAACAAUAUCCACCCGAUCGUCGACGACAAGGCAUUCACUUUUGAGGAUGCUCUUAGCGCCUACCAAUACCAGUGGCAGCAGAAGAAUUUUGGAAAGGUCGUCAUUAGAGUGGCAUGA